AAAAAGGACAGAGAGAGAGAGAGAGAGAGAGAGAAUGAGAGAGAAAGAAGCACAAUCGAGACUUCAUAAAGACAAAUACUAAAUCAGCAUUGGAAGCGAAAAGAACAGGCAGAAUAAAAGGAGCAAUAACAACAAAGGAAGCAAUAACACCCAAACAGAUAAAGAAAGCCGAAGAAAGAAAAACGAUGAGAUGUGAAAUGAGGAAAAUUCACGCGCUGUUGAAUUUAUCCUUCGUCCAGCUUCUGGCAACAGUGAUGGUGGUCGGAGUUACCAUGAAGGUCUUCCAGGUUGCCGACGACGCCCCCGCCUUCAAGUUCCGCCUUCGGGGUCCUCUGGCAGGAGACGACCCCCGCGUCCUGUCGUACCUGAAGGAGCACCACCUCGUGCCGCCCUCGACGCUGCCUUACAACCUGUCCACGGAGCUGGAGUACGGCUCGCAGAAGCACCUUCUGAGCUGGCCGUGGAUCCGCGAGCGCCUGGGCCCUUUCGCCGGCGAGCCCCCGGGGUUCUUCGUGGAGGCGGGGGCCCUCGACGGCGAGUUCCUCUCCAACUCCCUGUGGCUCGAGAAGGACCUCGGCUGGUCGGGCCUGCUGGUGGAGGCGGAGGACGCCAACUACGCGGCGCUCGCCCUCAAGAGGAGGAAAGCCUGGACGUCCAACACCUGCCUCUCCACGGAGCCCUUCCCCAAGCAGACGGUCUUCGUCGGAAAGCAGCCGCACUCCAGCAAGUCCCCAAACUGGUGGAUGGUGAAGGGCGUUAGCCACGAGAUGGGCGUGCACCUUGCGGUCGCUUCCGGGGUCGUCGAAACGUCGCAGUCAUCUUACAAGAUGGUCCAGUGCUUCCCUCUGGCUUCCUACCUCCUGGCUCUCGGUGUGACCUCGCCUGACCUCCUCUCACUCGACGUCCAGGGCGCGGAGGUCGGGGUCAUCACGUCGCUGGACAAGUUUAACGUGUCCUUCAGAGUGGUCGUAGCGGAGUACGAGAAAGUCGAAUUCAACUACGACUUCGUGAAGCUGAUGAACGACCGCGGGUACAUCCUGACCGACGCCGCGGACGACUACAUUUUCGUCAAGAGAAACGACCCCCUUUUGCGAAAACUGCGAAGGCCGCCGCUGCAGACGAGGGUCGACGCGGGAGAAAAAAUUGUCCUUGAGCAUUUUUCGAUUUAAGUUUUAUCGCCGUUUUCUUUACUUGAAAGCGGGAGAGGUAUUUAGUGCUUUGAUGAUCGUUAUUGUUAUCUUGUUUAUAUUGGUUCUUGUUGAUAGGGUUAUUUAUUUAUUAUUUUUUAAAAUUGUUAUUAUAAUGUUUUUAUUUUUAUUUUAUAUUAUUAUUAUUAUUUUACCAUCACUUGUGUGACUGACUAUGCAGAUAUAAAUGAAUUGUUACCAUUUUAUUAUUUCUUUAUUCAUCAUUUCUAUUAUUAUUUUUUAUCAUAGUGAUUUAUUUGCGUUAACUAAUCUGUCUCCUGGGCGUAGAGAUUUUGCAGUAACGGAGUUGUUGCAAAAGAAACAAUAAGAUAUCUGCAGACAUGAAUCAUUAUAGGAAGCGUAAAACGAUUAUAUAAAAAGAUAAUUAUAUAAAAUCUUUAUUCUUUAUCUAUGCUUUAUUUAUUUCUUUAAAGAUUAUAUAAAAUAUUAGAAUGAUUAUAAAAAACUUUGAUUACAUUUUCAGUGAAUCAUUGAAUCAUCGCCAGGUAUUUAGAUGUCACAAUGAUAAUAGUGAUA